UGUACGGACGUCAAAUACCGAUGGACACUGUUGCGUCAGAGCUAGGGUUGCCAGCUUUCACUCUAUGUAUAAAGUGAUUGGGAUUUUGUAUCGUUGCUGUUUUUAUGGAAGUUCUUGAGAAUUUUCUUGGAAAAUUGUGGGGUCAAUAAUAGUUGAGGGGAUUUUUUUUUUAGAAUUAUCUGCAAAACACUGCUCAGCCCAUAGCGUAUGCCCUCGGUUCAGUGCUCAACGUGUGCUAACCUGUAUUGCCUACUUAAAUGUAGCUUGCUAACUUUUAAAAAUUAGUUAGCGUUACAUAAAUGUUCUCAAUCGACCAAUGCAUUUCUGCGUGUAUUCGUGUCACGUAUGCAUGUACGAUUAGCUAACCAGCAGUCUAAUUGCAUACAUUAUUUUUAUAUUCUGGCUACUUAGCUUAGCAACAAUAUGGCACAAGACUCAUGGCCAACAUCGGACGUCUGUAAUUCAUCAUCUAGUUUGCUUCCUACAGAUUCUUUAAGGUCUGAAUCGCCUUUCCAAAACAAAGGACAGUCGGGGAGGAUUCUUACAAAUGAGGAGCUGGAGAAACUGCAGAGAGAUCAAACAUUGGUGUCAGAUUUCAAGCAAAAUAAGCUGGAAAAAGAGGCACAGAAGAACUGGGACUUGUUCUACAAAAGAAACACCACGAAGUUUUUCAAGGAUAGGCACUGGACCACGAGAGAGUUCGAGGAACUGAAAGCCUGCAGAAAGUUUGACGCCCAAAGGCUGGUUCUUUUGGAGGCUGGCUGUGGAGUCGGAAACUGCAUUUUCCCUCUCCUUGCAGAGGAUGCCAAUAUCUUUGUGUAUGCCUGUGACUUCUCGCCACGAGCUGUGGAAUUUGUACGGGAAAAUCCAUUAUUCUGCUCUGAGAGAUGCAAGGUUUUCCAAUGCGAUCUCACCACUGAGGACCUGCAGGCCAACAUUCAAGCGGACAGUGUGGAUGUGGCCACGCUCAUAUUUGUUCUAUCCGCCAUUCACCCUGACAAGAUGCGCCUCACUCUUGAGAAUAUCUACAGGGUGUUGAAACCUGGUGGAAUUGUCUUGUUCAGGGACUAUGGCCUCUAUGAUCAUGCCAUGCUGAGGUUUAAGUCUGGGAACAAGCUUGGAGAGAACUUCUAUGUGCGCCAAGAUGGCACCAGGUCCUUCUUUUUCUCCCGAGAGCUGCUGGCUGAGCUGUUCACUGGGGUAGGGUUCCAGAGCCUAGUGAAUGAGUAUGUCAUGCGAGAGACUGUGAACAAGAAGGAGGGCCUUUGUGUUCCAAGGGUGUUUCUUCAGAGCAAGUUUAGGAAGCCAGACUGAUGGACCAGCUCCCUGCAGACACUGCCCUAAUCCUCUCCUCUGGAGGGUGUCUUUCAACUGAAGACUCACAAAUACACUUGUGGUGCUAGGCUCCAGAAUGACUUUUUUUCCCUUGAUGAACAGCUUUUACACAGAGAUUACCAAUGAAUAAAUUAUGUCAGUUUUACUGUGCCGCCAGUCUCAUAUGCAUUUAAUAGCAGACUUGAGUAUGGAUUAUGGUUUCAUAUCUGUCUUUCGUGUAAGCGAUAUUCUAGUACCAUUGCUAAUCAUUCUACAGAAAGGUUUUUAGCUACAACUUAAGUGCAAUUAAGCAUAUUUUGUGGGCAUUGCUUAUUUUUCUAAAAUGUGUUUUGAUAUGUGUUUUUUUUAUUUUUUGUGGUAUUUUAAUAAAACAUACAUUUUGGUAUUAAAA